CCUCCCCUGGCGGCAGUCUCCUAGGCAACCCGGUAAACAAGAUGGCGACCGCCGAGAGCGAUCCCCAGUGGCCGAUGCCUUCCUCUCUCCAGGGUAGUUCACGACGUGGAGCCCAGUCGAUACUGUCGCGCUCAGAAAAAGAGCGUCAGUCUUGCUGGUCUUCUUCCCCCAUGGGGCAGAGACGGAAAGGUACUUUCCACAGAGCCUCCUCCUACCUGCUUCCGCAGCUCGUUCACCGCUCUGUGGAGUCGGACGCGGACGGACAGGACUGCGGGGACGAGGGCGAGGGCGAAGUGGAAUCCGAGGAGUCCUCAGAGUCCGAGAUGCUGAAUUUGGAGGAGGAAUUUGAUGGGGUCCUGAGAGAGGAGGUGGUGGCCAACGCCCUUCACCAGUUGGGGCGCUCAGGUUCUGGCACUGAGCAGGUCUACCUCAAUCUAACUUUAUCAGGUUGUGGUUUAAUUGACAUUAGCAUUCUCUGUGAAUAUGUUCACCUACAAAAGUUGGAUCUUUCGCUAAAUAAAAUUGAAGAUUUGUCCUGUGUGAGUUGUAUGCCUUACCUUCUAGAACUUAAUGCUUCUCACAACAAACUGACUACGUUCUUCAAUUUCAAGCCGCCCAAAAAUCUCAAGAAGGUGGAUUUUUCCUGCAACCAAAUUUCUGAAAUGUGUGAUUUGUCGGCUUACCAGGCUCUCACUAAACUCAUUUUGGACAGCAACGAGAUAGAGGAAAUCAGCGGGCUGGAGAUGUGCAGUGGCCUGAUGCACCUGAGUCUGGCCAAGAACAAGAUCACGUCGAUUAAUGGCUUAGGCAUGUUGCCCAUCAAAAUUCUUUGUCUGAGCAAUAACCAGAUUGAGAAGAUGACCGGUUUGGAGGAACUAAAAGCCUUGCAGGUCGUGGAUCUGUCCCACAAUCAGAUCAGUAGCCUCCAGGGCUUAGAAAACCACGACUUCCUGGAAGUGAUCAACCUCGAGGAUAAUAAGAUUGCUGAGCUGGGUGAGAUAGAUUACAUUGAAAAUCUACCUCUCCUUCGAGUUGUCAACUUUCUAAGAAAUCCAGUUCAGGAAAAGUCUGAAUAUUGGUUGUUCGUGAUUUUUAUGCUCCUACAAUUAACAGAAUUAGAUCAGAAGAAAAUUAAAGUGGAAGAAAAGGUUGCGGCAGUGAAUAGGUACAACCCUCCCCCAGAAGUGGUCGCAGCCCAGGAUCACCUGACCCAUGUCCUCAACAGCGUGAUGCAGCCACAGAGGAUCUUUGACAGCACUCUUCCUCGCCUGGACGCCCCUUAUCCCAUGCUGGUGCUGGCCGGUCCUGAAGCCUGUGGCAAACGAGAGCUCGCUCACCGCCUCUGCAGACAGCUCAGCACUUACUUCAGAUAUGGGGCCUGUCACACCACAAGACCGCCUUACUUUGGAGAGGGGGAUCGAGUCGAUUAUCAUUUUAUCUCUCAAGAAGUUUUUGAUGAAAUGGUAAACAUGGGGAAGUUCAUUCUAACAUUUAAUUAUGGGAAUCACAACUAUGGAUUAAGUAGGGACACCAUAGAAGCCAUUGCAAGAGACGGUUUAGCAAGCUGUGUUCACAUGGAAAUAGAAGGUGUCAGAAGUUUGAAAUAUUCCUAUUUUGAGCCUCGAUAUAUCCUGGUGGUGCCCAUGAACAAGGAAAAGUAUGAAGGAUACUUGCGGAGAAAAGGAUUAUUCAGUCGUUUAGAGAUUGAAUUUGCUGUCUCCAGAGUGGACCUUUAUGUUAAAAUCAAUCAGCAGUUUCCUGGAUAUUUCGACGCAGUGAUCAAUGCAGAUGAUCUGGAUGCUGCCUACCAAAAGCUGAGUCGUCUCAUCAGAGAGUACCUUGGGUUGUCCGAGGAAACGUCCAAGGAUUUGGCUCCAACCGCAGCAGGAGCUCCCUCUAGCAAGAAGACCCCCUCUGGGGUGCCCGCCCACCUGCUCCCAUCCCCAAGGCGCUUGGCAAAGCUGCAGGCGGAUGGCCAGUUAACCGAGCAUCACCCUGGAAUGCAGAUUCGUGCACAGGCCCCCGAAAAUCAGAGCGCGGCUCCCUCCCAGGACCAAGCGCCGACUCAGGAGGGAGCCGCCCACCAAGCGCUCUCUCCCAGCAGCCGCGUCACUGCCGAGCCUCCCCCGCAGGCCCGAGACUUAUCCCCAGACCAGAGGGGAGGGGCUGUUCAACAACCGGAUCCUUCUUCACAAAUCGUAACUACAAAUCUCCCUGAAAACGAGUCUCGGGCAUCUGAGGUGAAAGCAGGUAACAUAGGGCAGGCUUCCAUCACUCCUUCCCAAGGGCGCCCUGACCAGGGGCGGCACCCUGAGCCACCUGCAGCGCACAGAGCUCUGCCAGACCAGGAUGAGGAGUCAGGGGAGGCCGAGGGGACCCUCGCUCUCCCUCUGCCAUCUGAGGCUCUACAGGAGUCUGACCCAACAUCCCUCAGCCCCCAGAGAACCCAGGGUGAGGAAACUGAGUCAGCCAAUGUGCCACCCGACGGUGCCCAUCAUGAGCCUCCGAGAGACCCUUCCCACCCUAACGGGGCCAAAAUACCGGGACCACCUCUGGAAGAUUCUCAGCAACCUCCAGUGGAGGGAUCCCCAAAGGCAGAAUUUGUUCGGGUCAGCACUCCUUACCCAGAAGUGCCACAUCCUCAGGACUCAACAGAUAUCGAACAGACCCCUGGCAGGGACAACCCAAUGACUUUGCUCCCCAGAAGCCGGCUGGCUCCCACCAGGCUGCCCCAGCCUCGGGUCCUCGCCCCGCUCCAGAGUCGGAGGCCCACACCCAGACUCCUCUCACCCAGCAGGGAGGAAGCUUUCGGAACAGCCUCAGACCAAACCGUGACUCCCUCGUCGAGGCCUCCACUAGCUCAGGAAGGAGACCCCAGUAAACUUCCUCCCAUCAGCCCUCCUCAUUCCAAACCACCACAAAGUCUGAGUCCCCAUCAGGACCACAGUCCUCAGCAAGUCCAGGAAGAAAAGGUCAGGGAGGUGAAACUCCCUCUUAUCAGUCCCCCUGUCCAGGAGCAUGCACCGCAGCCCGCCCCCGAUCCCCCCGAGGAAGAGGGGACUGGGGUGGUUAGGCUCCCGCACAUUCCCACCCCCUUCUCCGAACAGCAGCUGCCGCACAACACGGGGGCUCACCGUGAUUUGAGGCCUGCAAAGGAAAGGCAGGUCCCCAAAGCAGGCCGCUCCUCCAGCAGGAAGAUUUCAGAUGUGCAGGCCUUACCCCCAAACCAAGAGCCGGUGCAGCAGACAGGAGCUAGGGAAAAAAAACUCCCUAUCCAAAGAGAGACAAUUAAAGGACCAGGGCAUCCGAAAAAGGUACCUCCUAGAAGCCAUCAGGGAGCCCUGCAGCCAGAAUCCCAGAGUAAGUCGACUCCCCCAGAGGUACCCCAUCACCCGAACCCUAGCCCUCCUCAGAGUCCUCAGGGGACCCAGAGAAGAAAAGUCAACGCGCCAGAAAUUCCUGAGCCACCCCACGCUGAACCAUUGCCUACGGAUCCCCAGUUCCAAGAAGAGAAACAGGGAAAGGUGCAUUAUUCCAGGGAAAAGGCCCGUGCCAGGCUCCCCCCAGAUGACCCGGUUCAGAAGGUAGCUGGGUCCAAAAAAGGGCCAUCGUUGAAAAAGAAUUCUGAAGGAUCAUCUCAAGGAAAUAAAGCCACCCUCAGUGGCAGGCAACUGCACAGGGGUCCUCUCCGGAGUGCAAUGUCCUCUGUAGAGUCAAGACCAGAUGAUUCUGCUCCCAGGGAGCAUCCAGGGAGAAGAGAAGAGGUUCAUACGAGGGGAAGAUUUCAGAAGAGAGAAUCGUCUUUGGACUCCCCGGAGCAGGCCCCCACCCAGCAGCCUGUCAGAGAGACCCAAGCCCAUCGAAGGCCCAGUCAGACCAGAGAGAGUUCUGUCCAAAGGGAUGGUGCCUCCAGGCGGCAAGCCAAGGAGAAACACACCGAGAAACACGGGGGAGCACCCAAGGACGGAAGCUCUGCCGCAGCCCGGAAUCAGGUGUCUGCCGAGGAGCCGGGCAGCCGGAAGGGGAGGCUGCGAGCUCGGGGCAGUCAGAGCAGCAAGGUUUAAGCCAUCCCCGGAGCCACUCCGUCUUUAAUGUCGCCAGUGUGGCCACAGGAAGGAAACCUAUGGCCAGGGCUCUGUGAGUCUGUACCCCAGCUUCCUUCUGCAGCCCCCAGUAAGCGUGGGGGUGGGCUCCAGCACCGUCCCAGCCACUGGGUUCUUAGUCCGUGCGUUUCUGUGCCUUUCCUGUGGCUUGCCGUUGUAGUCCGGAAGGGCAGCCCCUAGAGUGGGAUCCACCGGCCAGUCGUGUCCCUGUACCAGCUGGAGAGCUGGUCCUGAAGGUUAGGGUCAGCGGGGAGCCCUUGUGUCUACACUCAUAUGAACUCCAAUAUGCGUGCCGACUCUGGCUGAAGCAAUGUCGUGUAGCCAUUACGUUUUGUGUUACUCAUUAGGAAACUUCACUUCCAGACGAGAACAUUCUCGCAUGCCGCUUGCAUAUUCGAGGGGUCCAGGAGCUCCGAGAAAGGGAGCCUUCGCAGUUUCUGGGUCUUUGUCACUUCCGCAAAGAUUCCAAACCCACAGUUUAUUUGUGAGCAUCUUCGAAAGGGCAGCGGGGCAAGUUCUUUACGCAUAUGACACCGUGAUUGAUGAGAGCUUCAGAUUUGCUUGGCUUGUGUUACCUGAAACUUACUUUUGCUUGAAAUGUAUUUCAAAAUGAAUACCUUCCUUCUCUCCCUGAACAGGAACCUCAUGUAAAUUAGCCCCUGCCUUCAUUAUGCCAAACCACCCGGUUGAAUCAGUUUAAAGGGUUCCUGGGGAGAAGAUUCAGGGGAAUCCCUUUUUCUUUAAGGACUCAUACCAUCAGCAAGGGACAGGAAUCCAGCCUGAGCCAGCUUACGGGAAGCUGCUGGAAGGGAGUGGAAUAUCUCCUACCAGCAGACCGUGGGGAGAACGGAGGUGCACCAGAGCCUCCGAGUGGGGACAAGUUAUCGAAAAACCCGGACUCCUGUCAUCUCCGGUAUUUUCUGUCACCGACUGGACUCUCGUCAUUUCUCAUUUCUGUUUCAUGGCUGGGAACAUAGCUGCCAAUACCUUUCAAAUUUUACAUCUGGUUUUACAUCUGGCAGCUCCCACUACUAGAAAAGGAUUAAUUUACAUGUUCCUUAAUCCUGAAAUUUAAAAAAAAUUCAGCGAAAGACAGAUGGGCCUGGCUUGAAUUAAAUUAAAUAUUCUUAAUCUACUCUGGCCAGAGACAGGGUCACAUACAUGUAACCAUCAGGCACUCCCGCCCCCUGUCAGGUGUACGGAGACUACAUUCCCAGAAGACGGUAAUUGCGACCAAAGCAGCCAACCCAAGGUUUAGCUCCUAAAAAGUUGCAAAGAUAUUUAAUGAGUGCUUACUAUGUGUGUAGCAGCAUCCUAAACUGUGUUUGGCAUCCUGUAUUUAGAAAAUACAAAAAUUUGAGGACUAAAUGCCUGUAGAAAUGGUUCUUACCAUAUACACGAGGUACGUGUCCACACUGUUGUAUGCACGCCAAGUAUUAUUUCAAGUUCAGGAGAGGACAUUGAUAUUUUUAAAAUCCAGGAUGCAGAAAUCCUCUUGGAAAAGCCUCUGUUAUACCAAUAAUUACCGUUUGAUUUAUCUGGUUUGUCAAAGAUGACAGUAAUAAGGAAUUUUUUUAACCUGUCAUAACUUUUAUUUAGUUCCGUUAUCCAAAACGUUGAUUGAGCAUCUACUAUGUGCCAGACACUAUGAUAGUUGCUAGACAUAGUGGGAUGAUAAGGACACUUCAAGGAGCUCUUUUGUCAAGGGAGACCUAAGAGGGUCGAUUACAACACCAUGUGAUCAGGACACUAGGAGGCCUCGCAGCAUGCUGGGCUAGGUUUAGGGUCCAAUAGAUAGGCAAACCCAUUUAUUAACUUUUCCAGAAUGUCAUAAGGAUAUCAAGAAAGGACACUGGAUUCAGCCUGGGACGUGAGAAUUGGAUCAGAAAACACUUCCAAGAGGAGGUCCUCUUUCAGCUAAGUCAUCAAGGUUGCAAAAUUAGACUGAUGGGACAGAGUGAUGGUUUCUUAGAAGAGGGAACAGCGUGUGCUUAAACAUGGUGGUAAGAGCAGGCACAGCGUUUCUUAUAAGGACCUGGAUGUCAGGAGAGCGGUAGGUAUUGGUAGAUCCAAAGGGCAUUUUGCACUAUGCUAACGAGCUUGGAAACUUGAUCUUCUAACGAGGGGGAACCAUUGAAUAGUUAAAUUUUUAUCUUAGAGGCAUGUGUCUAGACUUGGUAUAGAAGAUAAAUUUAAGGUAGUCAAUACAGAGGGUAGGAAGCACGGCUGGGAAGCUAUCGCAAUAGUCCUAACAGGGUGGUAAGGGCCUGAAAUAAGGCACUGUGGCAGGAAUGGACAGAUUGAGGAAGUAUUUGGAUUGGACCCAGGAGGAGGACAGAUGGUAAAAGGGAGGUAGAAAAAAAGGAUAAUUACCCCUUUUUUAAUGAGCUGUGAGUGGGGCAUUUCAGAGACACCCACCAAUACCUCACUUAGGUGAGAAUGUGAGAAAAAUACUAGGUUUCCUCCUUGGGCAACUGGUUCUGAGGCUCCUUAAACAUUUGGGGUUGCAUUUUUUUUCUUAUUUUUUUUUAAUCUUUAUUUAUUUUUGAGAGCGAGACAGAGUGUGAGCAGGGGAGGAGCAGAGAGAGAGGGAGACACAGAAUCGGAAGCAGGCUCCAGGCUCCGAGCUGUCAGCACAGAGCCCGACACGGGGCUCCAACUCACGAAUCGUGAGAUCAUAAUCUGAGCCGAAGUCGGACGUUCAACCGACUGAGCCACCCAGGCACCCCUGGGAUUGCAUUUUUAUUAGUGUUCUAAAGGGAAUGAGAAGCCAAGUUUCCCUUUGUUUGACUUACAGGAAGCCCUAGCUCCCUUCGCGGGGUUCAUGAUGGUUUAAGUUUUGUGUUUUGUUAGUAUAUAAAAGUGUCCCCAGUUCGGUGCAGCUGGGCAGCAUUGCAUUUGUAGUCCGAGGAAGGGAGUCAAAAAGAUCAUCAACUCCUCCAUGGUGAGUGUUUUUUACUGCGUGUAUUGACUUUCUCAGUGUAAUGGAAAACUCUGGUUUUUAGUUGUCUAAGAAUUGUCAUGUUCCGUCUACAUUUACAGAGCUUGUAUCACAUCUAUUUGCUAUAUUCCUCGGCAAAAUGAUCUCUAUGGGAAAACAAAAGCAUCGCAAGCAUUAGUCACUAUUAGCUAAUACAAUCUUUAGCUUUUUCAGGGAAGUCUGGCACCUAGUAUUCAGAUCAAUUGAGAUAAUAGUUCUAUUGGGCAUAAGAACCGUCUGCGAAUAUGUAAGGAACUAAAUCAGUUAUUUUCAAGCCUCAAAAGAGAAUUGGGCAAAGGGUAUGAUUGGGUAGUUCCGAAAAGAGGAAAGAAAAAUGGCCAAAAUAUAUGUCAAAAAGUAUAUAACUUCCACUCCUUCUAGAAGUUAAAACAAAAUUUUUGGGGAAUACCAAACUGACAAAGAUGGAAAGCAAAUUAAUGCCUGUUCUUGGUGAAGUACAGGGUAAACACACUUUCCAUAUCAUCACAGAGAAAGUAAAUGGGUGCAACUUUUGGGGGGGCUGUUUUACAAUAUCUGUCAGGGCCUUUAAUUUUUUUUAAUGUUUAUUUUUGAGAGAGAGAGACAGACAGCAUGUGAAUGGGGGAUGGGUAGAGAGAGGGAGACACAGAAUCUGAAGCAGGCUGCAGGCUCUGAGCUGUCAGCACAGAGCCUGAUGCGGGGCCCAAACUUGCAAACUAUGAGAUCAUGACCUGAGCCAAAGUCGGGACACUUAACCAAUUGAGCCACCCCGGCGCCCCUCAGAGCCUUUAAAUUUUGACUGUCUUUAACUUCGUAAUUUUAAUCUAAGACUUACCAUGGGGAAGAAAUUGAUGUAGAAGCAUCGUUAAUGUCUUUAUAAUGAGAUCUGGAAAUAGUCUUUAUACUAAAAUCUGGAAAUAGUCUAGUCAUUUGAGAUUUGUAAAAAUAAGUUAUGGGAAAAAGUUCUGGAAUAGCCUUAUGCGAGGAUGCUAUUUGCCAUCAUAAUUAUGUUGUAGAAGAAUAUAGAGAAGAGUUCAAUAUUUGUUCCAAGAUUACGGAGAAAGCAGGUUAAGGAGGUAUAGCCAGUAUGGUUCCACUUGUUAGCUCUGGGUUGUUGGAUUAGUGGUCAUCUUUAUUGUCUCAUUUAUGCUGUUUACUAUUUUCUAAAUUGUCUGUGAACCUGUGUUUAUUCGGAAAAGGUUAUAUAGAAUUAAAUUCACACAUAUGAAAAUUUGUCAUGUGAAAGAGCAACCUUAUGUUCUAUUUCAAUCUGGCGUAAUGAAGAACUUUCUAGAAGUUAGAAGUCAUGCGCAAAGGAACAAACAGGCUUUCUCUAGAACUUACAGGCUCUGUGCUGGGAAUUGUACAGGAAGCCUCUGUAUGUUGGUUGAUUCGUUGCACUGGAUAAAAUCUAAGGUUCCCUUUUUGAUAUGAUCCAUUUACUACAACUGGCUCUUCUGGCUGGCUCUGAAGAACCCAGCAGUCUCUCUUAUUGAAUACGGGGCUUACUACUAGGAAAUCACACACAGUUAGUACUCAUUAGAACAGUGGCUUUCAAACUUUCAGAUCCAAAAUCCAUAACCGGGAAUAGAUUUUACAAUAUCAUGACCUACACGCAGACGCACGUAGGAGACAGAAGUAUAAAACAUCCUCACUACAGUGAUACACCCUGAUAUUUUCUGUUCUCCUCAGUCUUCACUUUUCAAACUGCUGGUCAUACGUAACCUACUAAAUAGAUUCUAUAUUCAGGCUGCAACCUGCACUUUGAAAACCCUGAGGUCUCUGGAGCUCUGCUCCGCUGCUGUUCCUGGAGGCUGUUGACCAGAUGCUUCCCCGUGAAGUGGGAUGGCUUGACAUGAUUUCUGCGGAAUUCUCCCUGGGACAAUAGCAAGGAUCCAGUGUGUUGGCAGUUUUGGUCUUUGUCAGUAGUAGGCCCCAGAGAAAAUGUAUCCAAACUUCAUGUGCGAAAAAAUAAAUUCUUAGGUAAAGUUUAAAAAAAAAAAAAAAACCUCCAAAAAAAAUCUCAAUCAGUAGUGUUUUCUGCACUGAGUACUUAGUUGACUCCCUUCCCUUUUGCUCCAUGACUUUUUGCUCCCUGAAAUCAUCUUGUUAACAGAAAAGAUGCCCCGAAUUCCACAUUAGAUAAUUGCACUAUUUAUAUACUACCUAGCACAAUGUGUUCAUAAAUGAAUUUAAUUAAUAGCUUAGUUCAAUGUGAAAGACAUAAUUCUGGAAAUCACUUUUCUUUAUUGACCAGACAUUCAGAAAAGAGGAGAAAAGCCUAACCAUUUCUUUGUGUUGAUGAUAGAUCAAUGAUGUCAGACCACCAAAUCUGGUUUUGAGAGUGCAGGAAAGAUAAGCAAAAGCUGAAGGCCUUUUUUUUUUUGUUUUGUU